GAGGGGACAAGAUCAGGGCAGGAGGCAAGCUAAUCGCAAAGAGUCCCGCACAUCCAGCAAAAUGCUGUCCUGGCGGCUGCAGACGGGCUCCGAAAAGGCUGAGCUUCAGGAACUCAAUGCUCGGCUUUAUGAGUACGUGUGCCGGGUGCGGGAGCUGGAGCGCGAGAACCUGCUGCUGGAGGAGGAGCUGCGCCGCCGGCUGAGCCAAGAGAACCUCUGGAUCGAGGACCAGACGCGCUUCGCCGAGGAGGCGCGCAACCUGCGGCAGCAGCUGGACGAACUGAACUGGUCCACAGCGCUGGCCGAGGGCGAGCGCGACGCGUUGCAGAGAGAGCUGCGGGAGCUGCAGCGAGAGAGUGCGGAAGCCAGCGCUGCCCGCAGCCGUCUGGACGCCGAGCUAAGCGCGGAGCGGCGGGAGCUGGAGGAGGCCCUGGGAGCACGCGCCGCCCUCGAAGCGCUGCUGGGCCGGCUGGAGGCUGAACGCCGCGACCUGGACGCGGUCCACGAGCGCCAAGUGCGGGAACUCCGUGCCCGCGCCGCCAGCCUCACCAUGCACUUCCGAGCCCGCGCCACCGGCCCCGCGGUGCCCCCGCCGCGCCUGCAGAACGUGCACGACAGCUACGCGCUCCUGGUGGCCGAGUCGUGGCGGGAGAAUGUGCAGCUGUACGAGGACGAGGUGCGCGAGCUGGAGCAGGCACUGCGCCGCGGCCAGGAGAGCCGGCUCCAGGCGGAGGACGAGGCCCGGCUGUGCGCGCAGGAGGCGGAUGCGCUGCGGAACCAGGCGCUGGAGUUGGAGCAGCUGCGCGCUCGGCUGGAGGAUGAGCUGCUGCGGAUGCAAGAGGAGUACGGGAUUCAGGCCGAGGAGCGGCAGAGAGUGAUUGACAGCCUGGAGGACGAGAAAGAAGCCCUUACCUUGGCCAUGGCCGACCGGCUGCGGGAGUACCAGGAGCUUGUGCAGGUGAAGACUGGCCUCAGCUUGGAGGUGGCCACCUACAGGGCCUUAUUGGAAGGGGAAAGCAAUCCGGAGAUACUGAUCUGGAGGAAGGACAUUGAAAACAUGCCGCCGCAAGAGUCCGGAAAUGCAUCCUAUCGCUACACCAGCUCAGUCAUUCAGAGGAAAAAUGAGAAAAAUCUAUUUCCCAGGCAAAAAACACCAUGGGCAGCUGUAAGUCAUAGCUCAGCUCUGUAUUCUACAAGGCCAGGGCACCUUGAAUCACAGACAACCACGGCUGUUGAGAGUCCUGCUAGAAGGGGCUUCCCGACCUCUGGGUAUUCUUCCUCCACUACAACCGUGCAGCAAAAAUCCCUCGAGAAAACUGUCAGCGGUCAAGCCAGUCUCAGGCCUGCUGUUCCAACUCCCGGCCUUCUGAGAAACACGGAUGCUCAAGUGAAAACGUUCUCUGAUAGAUCCAGAGUUGGAGGCACCAGGGACACCCCCAUACGGGUGACCACAGAGUCCAUUGUCACCAGAGAGUCACACAAAGAUCACCGGGGCAACUUGGCGGCAGGUGCCAUGAACAACGCUCAGUCAAAUGACAGAACUGUCGUUUUGGGAAAGAAAUUAGAAGUGAAAACCGCUAGGGAACAAGAAAGGGACAGAUCGGGAGUCGUCAAAUUAAAGCCAGAAGAGAAAAUGUUUGAUUCUAAGGAGAAGGGCUCAGAGGAAAGAAACUUGAGAUGGGAAGAGCUGACCAAGUUAGACAGAGAUGCAAGAGCGAGAGAAAGCCAGCAGGGGGACGAGCCCAAAGAGAAGAAAUCACCGAAGGAGAGAAGUGUGAAGGAAAGGGAGGUACCCAUCAGUCUAGAAGUAUCCCGGGGCAGCAGAUCAGAAGUGUCCACGAAAAACUUGUUGUCGUCCGGAAGGAAGGAUGCUGGUGACAGCGGGGGAAGAGAGGCAGAAACGAAAGAGACCAAGUUCCGGUUGGAUACCCAGGACGCUGCCAGUUCCCUGCAAAGUGAAUCUAGGACGGAGACCAUAGCCGAAAACAUUGUCACCACCAUCCUUAAGCAGUUCACUCAGGCUCCAGACGCUGAAGGGAAUGACAGCUCUUUGCCAGACACGAAGGUCACUUACGUGGACAGGAAAGAACUCCCCGGCAGUGGGAAAACCAAGACAGAAAUCGUGCUGGAGUCCAAGCUGACGGAAGACGUUGAUGUUUCUGAUGAAGCUGGCCUGGAGUACCUUUUAAGCAAGGAGGUCAAGGAAGUGGGACAGAAGGGCAAGUCAGCUGAGAAGAUGAUAGGAGAGAUGAUCAACAUUGGUCUGAAAGGAAGGGAGGGGAGAGCCAAAGUCGUCAAUGUGGAGAUUGUGGAAGAACCCGUGAGCUACACGGGUGGUGGGACAGCAGAGUUCCCUACCGCCUUCCAUGUGGAAGAAGUCGACGAUGUGUCUCCCAGCCCCAAGGGCUUUGUUGAGGAAGAGGAUGGUCAUGAAGAGACCCAUGAGGCAUUCUCGGUGCAUCAGCGUCAAAGGACCAAGCAGCCCCAGGGGAGCAUCCCUCAUGUGGAAGAAGUGACGGAGGCAGGUGACUCAGAGGGAGAGCAGAGUUACUUUGUGUCUACCCCAGAUGAGUACCCUGGGGGACAUGAUAGAGAAGAUGAUGGCUCAGUGUAUGGGCAAAUCCACAUAGAAGAAGAGUCCACCAUCCGGUACUCAUGGCAAGAUGAAAUUGUGCAGGGGCCUUGGAGAAGGAAAGCAAGAGAUGACACGGAGAAAGAGAAGCACGUGAAGGUCCUGGAGGUUCCAGCACCUUCCCUGGGUGGUGCCGUUGGUUCUGCCCACUUGAAGGAAGAAGCUAGUGGCGAAUUGCACGCAGAACCCACAGUCAUUGAGAAAGAAAUCAAAAUACCACAUGAAUUCCAUACCUCCAUCAAGGGUGUCUUCUCCAGUGAGCCCCGGCACCAGAUGGCGGAGGUGAUCGGGCAGCUGGAGGAAACCUUGCCUGAGCGCAUGAAGGAGGAGCUGUCUGCUCUGACCAGACCGGAUCAAGGAGAGCCAGGGAAUGUCUCCGUGGACGUGAAGAAAGUCCAGAGCGCUGCUGGUGGUUCUGUGACCUUGAUGGCUGAAGUCAACCUCUCGCAGACUGUGGAUGCAGAUAAGUUAGACCUGGAGGAACUGAGCAGAGAUGAAGCUGGGGAGAUAGAGAGGGCUGUGGAGUCGGUGGUAAGAGAGAGUUUGACCAAGCGCUCCAGCCCAAUGCCUAGAAGCCCAGACAGGGAAGAUGGAGAGGAGGAAGUGUCUUCUGGGGGCACUCUCUUCAAGCGCUGGGCCACCAGGCAACUGUAUAGCCCAUCUGGUGAGAAAGAUGAUGCUGGCUGGUCCUCCCACAGCUCAGAUCAACACGUUACCCAGGGCCCAGUGUCGGCCACCGUGGAAGUCACCAGCCCGACAGGUUUUGCACAGUCUCAUGUGCUAGAGAAUAUAAGCCAGUCUGUAAGGCAUGUUAAACUAGGCCCCACAGAAAUGUGGGGGGCUGAGCAGGCGUCCUACGGAGGACCCGCCGCACAGGUGGUGGAGGUAAGUCGGGACUUCCGUGAGGCAGCCAGCUCUGAGGGAACCGGCCGCUCUGUGAAGCACAUUACACUGGGUCCCCAUCAAAGUCACGUGUCCACCGAAAUCACCUUCCAAGGCUCUCUGCCUACCUGGCGGGAGGCAGGAGGUACAGGAGAGCCUGGCCCAGCAGAACCGUCUGAGGAAGCAGACAUAUCCAGGAACCACAGAAUGUCUGACUCUGAGCAGUUUCAUGUAGAAAAGGAAAUUCAUUUUCUGGGUCCUGUUUCUGGGACAGCCCAGGUUGGUGGUAGCUUUGCGACUGAAGAGUUGGUGGGCACCCAGACUUUCGUUAGGCAUCUCCAGUUAGGCCCUAAAGAAGGGCUCAGAGAGGAAAUACAGUUCGUAGCUCCCAUCCCAGACAAAGUGGAGUGGAGGGUCGAAGAGGAUUCUGGGAACACCCAAGUGUCUCUAGGGAGGAGUACCUCUAUCCAUCACAUUGACAUUGGGCCUCAGAGGCACCAAACCUCCAAGCUGAUAGCCCCACAGACACUGGAAUUUAGGGACUCAGAAGGCGUGGUCCUUGUGGAGGGCUCAGCAGGUAUGACCCAGGUCACUCACAGUGUCACCUUGGGUAGAGAAAUCCUCGGGAACAAAGAGAAUACAUUCCAAACAGUCAUUCCUGAGUUUCCUCCGGGCAGUGCAGGGGACACAGGAGCAGAGGGGACAGCAGGCACCAGCAGAUCCUUUAAGCACAUUCAGAUAGGCCCUGCAGAGAAGGGACCCUCUGAACACAUCGUCAUCCGUGGACCCCUGUCUAAAACAUUUGUACUCGAUGGCUCGGCGGCCUCCCCUGAACUAGGUGGGGUAUUUGGUGACAGGAGCACACUAAGUCCCAUUGCACCGGGGCCCAAAGAAACUUCAUUUACCUUUCAGAUGGACGUGAGUAACACAAGAGCCGUCCGCAGCUGGACCCGAGACGCAGGGUCAGAAGUGGAAGCUCGCAGUGUGUCUGAGCAUGGUGGCUGGAGAAUCGCUCACAGUAGCAACGAGCAGGCAGCCACCAUGAGCUCUGAGACCUCCGCUGGGGAUGGACACCAGACCCGGGGAGAGAAAGGCACGGAGCAGGCUGGAUUUGACAAGACUGUGCAGCCACAGAGAAUGGUAGACCAAAGGUCGGUGGCUUCCGACGAGAAGAAAGUGGCCCUUGUCUAUCUAGACAACGAGGAGGAGGAGGAUGAUGGGUGGUUUUGAUAAGCAGAACUAUCUUGUCUUAAAGGGCACUUUGGAAACAUAUCGCUAUUCAAAGCCUUUAACAUACCAAUAUACAAAGCCUCUACUAAUUGUACGGAGGAGGGGGAGGCUGGUUAUCAAUACCUUUAUUUAGAGAACCCUAGGCCGAGUCGGUUUGUUUUAGAAUUCAUUUGUGAAGGUUUGAGAUCGACUCUGGCCUUUUAAGGCUUUGAGAUUUUACAAUUGAGUUGGGACUUUGGCAGAUACUUUUCAUCUUUUUAGUCUUAAAAAGUUCCUUUCUCUAAAGCUUUCUCUCCACAUGUGGGGAGAGUUUGUGCGAGUUUUGCACCAGGUCACAGGCGUGACUUAUUACUACUGUGUGCUACUGUUUAUCUGAAGCAAGACACCUUAACAUUAACCAGAUUAAAACAAUAUGCUUAAGGGUAGGUUUUGUUUGCAUGUGCUAAUAUCAAACAGUAAACUAACACUGGGAAGGAGAAAUACAUAAAUUUUUCUCUUUCCUAAGUCUUUUCAAAAAGAAAUUGUAGAAGGAUUGGAGAGAUGGCUCAGUAGUUAAGAGCCUGCACUGCUCUUGCGGAGGACCUGAGUUCAGUUCCCAGCACCCACAUCAGAUGGCUCAGAUCCACCUCUAACUCCUGCUCCAGGGGAUCCGAUGUCCUUUUUGACCUCUGUAGGCACCUGCACUCAUGUGCAAAUAUCUACAUACACACACAUAUACACACACACAAAUAAAAACAGAAAUCUUAGCCAGGCAGGGCAGUGGUGGUGCACGCCUUUAAUCCCAGUACUCAGGAGGCAGAGGCAGGCAGAUCUCCAUGAGUUCAAGUCCAGCCUGGUCUACAGAGUCAGUUCCAGGACAGCCAAGGCUACAUAGAGAAACCCUGUCUUAAAAAGCAAAACAAAAUAAGAUUAUAGAAAGUAAUAAGCAAGACUAUACAUUUAAAAAAAAUCCCCUAGAUGAUUAAAGAAACAGUUACUUAUCAGAGAUUUAAAAUUAAUUUCAAAUUGAAUAACUUGCUUUCUAUGCACAGAACUUUAGAAAAAGGAAGGCUGAGAGUUCUUUCUGGAAAGUACAGCUGUGGUCUCUUGUUAGUGGUUCAGGUCAUGUGACUGUCCUGAUCAGACAUAUUUGUCAGCAUGGCCACAGGCAUGGCCAGCUGAGGAUGAGGAUUGCCAACGGCAUAGUCUCCAGUCGGUCUUUUCAGUACUAGGCUGUGAGAUAGCAGGACACCUUUCGUGCUGACCCAAGCCCUGGGGAAGCCCCUCCCACAUGGGGGUUGUGACCCUCUCACAGGGGUCGCCUAAGACCAUUGGAAACCACAGACUCUUGCAUUGUGAUGCAUAACAGUAGCAAAAUGGCAGUUCUGAAGUGGCAGUGAAGAUAAUUUUAUGGUUGGGGGUCACCACAACAUGAGGAACUGUAUUGAAGGGUUGCGGCAUUAAGAGGGGUGAGGACCACUGGGCUAGGCCCUGUGUUCUGAGCUGCUUUGUACUGUAACCCUUAUGACCAGAACACUGGCUCUCAUUUGGAAGAGGCAGCUGUGUAGGCAGUGAAGGAAGUACAGAUGUUUAGCCUGCAGCUGGACUGGCAGGGACACAGAAGCACAAAGCAGCUGUUCCUCCCGAGUAAGUCAUUCUGAACUCACCUCUCGUGGGCUGGAGGUCUUUCUGAGCUCCUGCAAUGAAGGAUUUAAAAAAGCAGCAGCAAUAUACAAACCUCAGAAAAGCUUUUUGCACUUUGAACAGAAAGUACGAGGGUGGGGUGGGGGGAUUUAACUGUUUAGGGGAAGGAACCAAGAGCUCCCCAUGCAACCCUGCAAUCCGUCAUCCAGGACUGGUUCUGUCUGAUGACAAAGGCCACAUGGACCAAAAAUCAUGGGCCUGAAAUUGUGUACCACUGAGUAGGAUGAUAUGCUCAUUUAAUUGUUCUUUUAUAUGUGGAUAUUGUUUUUAAGACCCCCAAUGCUGAAGAUCCAGCAUCACAUAAAAGUAGCCUCUACGGUGCAGCGUUCUGUGAGUUUAGAAUAGCAGCUCUGAUACGGCUGAGCCAUGCUUUUUUGUUUGUUUGGUUGGGUUUUUUUUGUUUUUGUUUUUCGAGACAGGGUUUCUCUGUGGUUUUGGAGCCUGUCCUGGAACUAGCUCUUGUAGACCAGGCUGGUCUCGAACUCACAGAGAUCCGCCUGCCUCUGCCUCCCGAGUGCUGGGAUUAAAGGCGUGCGCCACCACUGCCCGGCUGAGCCAUGCUUUUGAACCCAGCCCACAGACCUGCCUGUAGGGCACUGAGCAAGACGGAUCCGAGGUGAUGCCAUCUUCGGGAGGGGAGGAGUGUGGUACAGGAAGGCCUCCCUCCCUGUGUGCCUGUCUCACAGGGCGCAUCUCCAGCUCUGGUUCCAGCAGCUGGGCGGAGGAGAGUGAGGUUUUUUCAUUGCUUAGUAGAAGAGAAAUGCAGCAUGGCUUAAGAUGAUCUGCUUCUCAAACACCUUGCAUCAGGGUCCAGGAAGCGAGAGGAUUUGAAUGGAAGGUUUAAGCCUUUGUUACCCAUAAAGAUGAACUCAUGGUUGUCAGCCUGAUCCAGAAGUCAUUGCCUUGGCCUGUCAUUUCGAAUACCGCCAGAGAUGGGCUGAUGGAUUUUUGCCGUAAUCAGCAAGUCUGAGUGAGUUAUUAGGAUGUGAUCGAGGUGACAGCCUCGGUGUAAUGACAUGAGACAGAGUGACAAUGUGAAGUUUAUGAUGAGUCUAAGUGGGCUUAGGUGGGCGCCAUCGUCUUAGUUCAUGAACUUGCACAUGGAUGCUAGUAUGAGCAGAGUAUCAAUAUCAUGGCCACUUCUACUUAAUUUGAAAAAAAUAAAGGUCUUAAUGUUAAAUAUUCAUUUUCAUUGCUAAAGUUGGAAUGCACAGCAGGGCAGGUUCUGUUUGGAGUAUUUACCAGAAUGGAGGAAUCCUCAGCUGUCAUUGGUUACUGGGUAUCCGGGCCACUAAGGGCAGGGCUCUUACCCUGAUAUUAUUGUAGCAGCUGUGUAGGCAGUGAAGGGAGACACUGCAGCUGACGUCUAAAAAGCUCCCUGCAGGUUUCUGAACCCAGUCAGUCUGGAGUCACAUCAACACUGUGGUAGGGCAGGGAGGGUGGGGCCACACCUAGUCUCCCCCAGUUUGUAUUGUUGAGACUACAAGACGCUGAAUGUUUCUCGGUUUUCCACCGGUUGUUUUGAUAGUUUAUUUAAAGUGUUUAUUUAGAAUUACCUAAGAAGCUUAUUUUUGCUAACCUCCUGUUCCCUGCAAAGGGAACUGUCACAAGAAUGUGUAGAAAUAAAGAUCUGAGGGGGAAAAAUAUCAGCAUCGUUCCUAAAGAGAAUGUCUUCUGGCUGGUUUUGUGUGGUUCUUUCAGACUCAAGUGAAAGCCAACCUGCGUUUCUGUCCAUGUUUCCAUGGUAGCCCUGAGUUAUUAGAGAGGUCACAGAUGGAAACUUCAGUUCUCAAAUUCCCCUGAGAGUAGAACCCUGUAUUGUAGGCAUGAAUUAGAGAACAUGCACUAACUAGCUUGUCUCCAAGUGGGAACUUGACAGUUGGCCCUAAAAUGUCAUCACAGCCUGGAAGACUGUUGCCAGCAGGAGGAAACAGCUAUCCAUUCUGCCCAGGAUGGAGGAGGGUGCCAAGGUACAGUUAUUCAGCGCUAAAACCAGCGUUGUCUUGGGCAGGAGCUGGACAGCUGGUUAACUCAAAACACAGUUUGUAAGGUUACCCAUGGCCAUUUCUCAGUAUCUUGCCAAAAUAUAAAAUAAAAUAGAUCUAGUAGCUUAAAACAAAGAAGCGGGUGACUGUUUGUUGUCGGUCUAUAAUCUAGUCUUUUAUCAACACAAAU